CAGAUGCACCGAAGAUCCUUGGUAUAUCACGUAUCGGUCGUCGUUUAAGGACAAAGGGCCGGCCUCUGGGAUCGAUCCUCGCAGUUUCGAUCACGAAAGAACCUGGCGCGAUGAAGACGAUCCUUGUCAUCUUGGCGCUUGUAGCCGGCGUUCUCACGGCGCCGCAGGGCAAUCUAAACGAUAUCACGAUUGUGAAACAGGAAGAGGUAAACAACAUAGGGGUGGGUGGAUAUCAUUUCAGCUAUGAGCAGAGUGACGGUCAAAAGAGGGAGGAAACGGCUGAGCUGAAAAAUGAGGGCACCGAUGACGAAGCACUUAGCGUUGUUGGUAGUUUCAGCUUCAUCGCGCCGGACGGACACACGUAUAGGGUUGAUUAUACCGCGGACGAGACCGGAUUCCAUCCUACUAUCAACCUCGUCGCGAAGUAAAUGGGCACGGGGGCUGAUUACCUAGGACUCUCCGAUCAUCAAUAUACAUUCGUGUAAUUACAAGCGCAAUUAGGACACUUCACACACGCUGCAAGGCACGUGAUUUACCUCGCAAGGGAUCGUUUCACCGAACGUAGGCUCAAGAACGACCGAUCUUUCGCGCGAUCGAUCCUUUUUGGCUGACUCACUCCGGCGAAUUCGGUGGAAAUGAUCACGACCGUUUCAUCAAGAGAAUCGCAUCGCGGAGAAUGCAUGCGUCGAUGAUUGCAGAGUUGGUAUCGAUCGUGCGAUUAAGUUGAAUAAUGUUAAUGCAUCAGCACGCCGCGCUCCUCGCAAUCGCCUUCUCCGUCAUCGAGCGCGAUUUAUGGCACGCAUCAAUGAACAAAUACGCUAUCGAGAAGCGAUAUUACUUCGCGCCUGUAUUCCUUCUUAUUCGCGUAAACAGCAUUCGCAUACAUUGCGUAAUACGUGUAAUAACGCGCCGUCGUAUGUGUACAUCUCUCCGCGUGCAUUCGCACGGCAUCGCGAGAGUGAAACGCGUGCCUGCGCGCAACACGCCGGCAAUACGCCUAUUAUUCAGUUUCACGAAGCUGCCAGCCAAGCACUUUGAACACGAGAGAGAGGUUCUCUUCUUUCCUUUUUUUUUCUUUCAUUUGCGAUUCUACCCCAGCGAGGCGACGGUGCAGUACUCAUUGAAGCGCCGCGGCACCUGCGUCUGGCAGGCGCAAUCUUUUUUUUUAUACACGCAUCCAUAUGUAUAUCUAACAGAAUGCAACUUGUGCAAAUAAACUUGUAUACAUCUUA